CCUCCUAAGCGAGAGAGGUUCAAGAAAAGGAUGAUAAAAUGUCAACAUCUUGUAAAAUUUACAUAUAUAGUUCACAAUUAAUAUAUUAAUAGAUAAUGGAAGAGUCGAGUGAGGGAUCUAACAGCGGAGAACUGAACUCAGAGGAAAUCAUACCCGACACUGAAGAAAGCAAUGAUAAGUUAUCUUCCCCAGCUGGCCUCAGCAUUCAUCAGUGUGGAAUCUGUGAUGCCAGCUUCCCUCUUCUCAUUCAGUAUCUCAAACACAGGAUAGAUCAUGCAGGUCCACAGAGUGGGGUGAGCUGUGAGCUGUGUGGUACGGCCUACUCCCGUCCUUCCCCGUUACGGGAACAUUACAAGAAGAAACACAGGAUCAGUUUUAAUAGCAAACCACCCUUGCCAAAAUCUACAGAUAGACAAGGACUGAAGCUGGUUGAGCCAGGUUGUUCCCCAGGGAGACAAUUCAGUUUGGACUCUAACGAUUCCCAACCCACCACUGAUGAUAGCAAUGGAACUAAAACUAUUCAUGUUGUCAUCACAAGGGAAGAAGAUGAAGAGAAGGCCCGAUAUGAACAAGAACAAGAAGGAAAUGACUGUAGUUCGGAUGAAAACGACAUAACUGAGAGUAAGCACUUGCAGGAGGAUGGCAGGGAGGAUGUUGAAAACGACGACUUUCAGAAUGAUAUUGACAACAAAGCAGAUGAAAUGCAGCUGAUGGGGAUGUUGACAGGAUGGAUGUUGAUGAGGCGAAGUGUGAAACUGAAGGGGAGUCUUCGGGAAUCAAACAAAGACACAGACUCAACUGCUAGUCCUGAAAAGGCUGGUACUCAGCAGUCUUUACAAGGUUACAAUGAAGCUGAAGACUUCCAUUUUGUACUGCUGAAAAACAUGAUCAAUGGGAAUUCAUUCAAGUACAGUAAAGAUAGGUUUAAGUGCUUACAUUGUGAGUUUCAGAGUUACUGGAGGAACUCAAUGUGUACUCACAUGAAACAAAUGCAUAGAGACAUGAUGUCAAUACAUCAGAACAUUCAGAUCAAACCACUGGAAGCCCAGUGUAACCAAGGCGAUCAGAGCAUCAUGAAAAUGUCAGAUUAUAUCGCUAUCUUAAAACAGAAGAAAACCAAAUCAGUUGAGUGUAGGAUUCGAAGUGUUGAGAAGCAGGACUUGCCUGGAGAGUACUGUUGUAGUAAGUGUGGCAAGGAGUUCAACAGAUUACGAUAUCUACGCAAACACAUGUUAGUUCAUAAAUCUGACAAGAAGUAUCUAUGCGAUGAGUGUGGGAAGGCAUUUAAGACUCGCAGUUAUUUGAAGACUCAUUAUCGAACCCACAAGUCGAGGGAAUAUAAGUGUAGCCAGUGCAACUUCUCAUCGUCUGUUAAUGCCGUCAUUCACGCUCAUCGUCAGCUGCAUAAUGAUGGCAGCGUUAUAUGUGAUGUAUGUGGGUUUGCCUACGCAGAUAAGUCAACUCUGAAGAAGCACAAACUAGUCCAUGACCCUAAUCGUCCAUUCCCAUGCACGUUCCCAGGCUGUACAUGGAGGUUUCGGACAGAGGUUAUGUGUCUUGGCCACUACAAUUCCCACACAACAGAGGGCAAGUAUCGCUGCAGCGUGUGUAGCUACAUCUCGUACAAGCACCAUCUCCAGAGACAUCAGAGCAACAUGCAUGGCAUCACCAACACCACAAAUGUCACCAUCGUUGAGGAGGAAAAGAAAGAAGAGAAAGAGACCCCAGUCUCCAAUAUUCCUGACACUGUUAACCUGAUAGUCAAUUCCGAUAUGAGUCGGGAUCAGCUACAAAGUGCUCUACAGAAUGGGCAGUUGGUGAUUGCCACCGAUAGUGAAGGGAAUACAAUAAACUACGAAGUAGCUGACAUAACUAUGAAUGUAACUUAUCACACACUUCUUGAGGAAGAUUCUCAACUAGGGGACACCCAGGCUAUACUCCAUGUAGCUACCAUUGAUUCUCAUGAUCCCAGUUAAUGGUUCUUAUGUUUAGUAAUGCUAGAUGCUUGCUUUGUAACUCAACAGUGAAGUCAUGAUACAAGACUGGUUGCAAUAUAUUCAGUUGAGCCAGGACUGAAGCCUAUAGAAGAGUGCAACUGGUGGAUACCAGUAUCAUAGGUUUGAAUCCAGGAUUGGCCCUGAUCCUUGGUGUGUCUAAACUGUACCAUAAUGAUCAACGUCUGUGAUCUGCAUCACUUUGAGAUUUUGUCCCACAUAACUGCAAACAUUGGUGAACUCUGCUUUAAGACAGUAGGAAUUCAGCUUGUUCAGAGGAAAUUGAAGAAUCUAGUUCCAGUGGUCCGAAGUGAACACUGAUCCUUUCAAGGAAUAUUUUAACAAAGUUAACUUGGAAUCAAGCAAUGGGGAAAGUUUUAGAAGAUUUCUGUAAUAUUUGCAAUAGAUUUUGUUUAGUAGAGUUUGUUUUGAGACUGUAAAGCUCUCCAAAACUCACAACAAAAUGAGUCCCAUGUCAACUCAAAUGUGUGAAUGUGAACAGUACUAACAGAGGUUGCAUGACUGGGUGUAUUUAACCUUGAUAUAGCUUGCUAGAGUUCCAGAAUGACAGCAAGAACUCAGGGAAUGUGCAAUAAACAAGUGUGUUGUUACUGUGAGUGAACUGUUAGAAGUCAUGUAUAACCUGAAUGUCAUGUGUACUGACAGAUGACUGUUGUUUUCUACACUUGUAAACAGCAUGCUAAUGAAUAAUGAAUGGGUGUACAGGUGUUCAUGUAUGACAGGUGUUCAUGUGUUGAAGUAUGAUGGGUGUUGAUGGGUGUACAGGUGUUGAUGUAUGACAGGUGUUCAUGUGUGUUGAAGUAUGAUGGGUGUUGAUGGGUGUACAGGUGUUGAUGUAUGACAGGUGUUCAUGUGUUGAAGUAUGAUGGGUGUUGAUGGGUGUACAGGUGUUGAUGUAUGACAUGUGUGACAGGUGUUCAUGUGUUGAAGUAUGACAGGUGUGCAGGUGUUGAUGUUUGACAGGUGUACAGGUGUCAAUGUAUGAUGGGUGUACAUGUGUUGAUGUAUGACAGGUGUUGAUGUAUUAUGGGUGUACAGGUGUUGAUGUAUGAUUGGUGUACAGGUGAUGAUGUAUGAUUGGUGUAGAAGUGAUGUAUGACAGGUGUUCAGGUGGCAAUGUAUUAUGGAUGUUCAGGUGUUGAUGUAUGAUUGGAGUACGGGUGAUGUAUGACAGGUGUUCAGGUGUCAAUGUAUUAUGGAUGUACAGGUGUUGAUGUAUGAUUGGAGUACAGGUGUUGAUAUAUUUCAGGUGUACUGGUAUUCAUGCAGCACCCCACCAUGGUGAUCAUGCUGCAAGCUGAAAUACCAUGUCUUGUGCUAGUCAGAAAAUACACGGCAUGGGGAUCAUUCAGGUGAACACAUGAUAAACAAGAUGCCCACAGAUCAGAGAGUUAUUAGAAUGUGUUGUCGAAAAUAGUUUUCACACUAUUUCCAGUAUCAAGGGCAGUCAGAUUAUACCUUUCCAAAUGGAACUUCUUUGCUUCUAUUUCAGCAUGUGUAAAUAUUGUGUACAAUACUUGUACUGACAUCAGCAUGAUUCUUAGUAGUGUAAGUUCCAGGCCCUUGCUAUUUCUACUUCUACACACUUCUAUGUUUCUGGUAUGUAAAUUGCCUCUGUUCACCCAGCAGAAAAUGGGUACCCGGUGGGAUAAAGUCAUGUAACCAUAACCCUCUUACGCUUAACAGGCAGCUUGGGUUAUCCGGGGUAAUAAUAAUCAGGUUGUUUGGGCGCUUCGAGCAUGCUUGUACAUGGAGCAAUGCGCAUGAUAAAUGGACUGUUAUUAUUAUUAUUAUUAGUAGUAGUAGUAGUAGUAUGUGUUCUUGAUAAAGUUACAACUACUAGGUUACAUCAUAUACAAGG